CCACGUUGCCCACUCAAGGGGCAGAUCAGACCUGCGGAGUGGACUCACCUCUGGGUCCUGCUAGGGGCCCAGAUCUUGGACUGGGUUUCUCUCUGAACCACGACCACUGACUUUGCUGCUUUUUAACUCUGAGGAAUCUCCAGUUACUCUGCUGCCCCAAAUAUAGACACGCUGUCUCUCUCCUGCUGGAUUACUUUGGAAAUUCUACAAGACUUUAUUCACCUACUUAUGUUUAAAUUAUUUUCCGUUUGGCCUGGGGCAGAGGGUUAAGUUAAUCACCCUGUCAGAUCCCUAUUCCCUGUAGCCCUUGGUCUCUAAGGCUUACGGGGCCCCUCUACCCUGCCCUGUUCUAGGUACUUUCUUUGAUUUCCCCACUCCCACCCUAUCUCCUAUCCUCCCAAAGACGACCCUCUAAAUCUUUUGAUACAUAUCCUUGAAUUGUUCUGUAUCUUUGCAAAAUGUGUCCUUGUUUUGUGGGUGUACGCUACUUUUUAAACUGUGCGAUCAGGAACAAGAAAGUAAUUUCUCUGUACCUCUGUUUCCUCAUCAUUAAAUGGGAUUAACACUCCCUCAUGAGGUGGCUGUGAAGAUUUAAGUUGAUAAUAACAGCAUGAGCCACUUAGAACAGUGACUGGCACUACUAAGUACCCAGUAACAACUACAUUCUCCUAACGCUCGAUCAGCAUGAAUUUCAACAGAUGUCUGUAUAAUAUUGGGGAACAGCUGGACAGUGAAGACCUGGCUGCCCUCAAGUUCCUGAGCCUGGACUACAUUCCACACAGGAAGCAGGAACCCAUCAAGGAUGCCUUGAUGCUAUUCCAGAGGCUCCAAGAAAAGAGAAUGUUGGAGGAAAGCAACCUGUCCUUCUUGAAGGAGCUGCUUUUCCGAAUGAAUAGACUGGAUCUGCUGCUCACCUACCUGGACACCAGUGAGGAGGAGAUGGAGAGGGAGCUUCAGAUGCCGGGCAGGGCCCAGAUCUCUGCCUAUAGGGUCAUGCUUUUUCAGAUUUCAGAAGAUGUGAACAAACUGGAAUUGAAGGACUUCAAGUUUUUUCUGAGCCAGGAGAUUGCCAAAUGUAAGCUGGAUGAUGACAUGACCUUGCUUGAUAUUUUCAUAGAGAUGGAGAAGAGGGUCAUCCUAGGGGAAAGAAACUUGGACACCCUGAAAAGAAUCUGUGAGCAAAUCAACAAGAGCCUAUUGAAGAAAAUCAACGAUUAUGAAGAACUAAGCAGAGAGCAAAGAAUGAGCCUUGAAAGAGGUCCAGAUGAAUUUUCAAACGAUGUGUCACAAUUGCUCAUAAGGGAGGGCUCCCUUGAAAUGCUGGCCAUGUCGGACUCUCCAGGAGAAAAGGACAGUGAGUCACAGACAUCGAACACAGUUUACCGAAUGAAAAGCAAACCUCGGGGAUACUGUUUGAUCUUUAACAAUUAUGAUUUUAGCAUAGCAAGGAAGGAUGUGCCCAAACUUCACAGCAUUAAGGAUAGGAAUGGAACAGACUUGGAUGCAGAGGCUUUGAGAAAGACCUUUAGUGCGCUUCAUUUUGAGAUAGUGCAUUACAAAGACUACACUGCGAAGAAAAUCUGUGAGGUUCUGAAAUCCUACCAAAGCAUGGACCACAAUAACAAGGACUGCUUCAUCUGCUGCAUCCUCUCCCAUGGAGACAAAGGCAUCAUCUAUGGCUCCGAUGGGCAGGAAGCCCCCAUCUAUGAGCUGACCUCUUACUUCACUGGUUCAAAGUGCCCUUCCCUUCUUGGCAAACCCAAAAUCUUUUUUAUUCAGGCUUGUCAAGGGGAUAACUACCAGAGAGGUAUAGCUAUUGAAACUGACUCAGAACAGAAGGAAGCCUAUUUAGAAAUGGAUUCAUCACUUCAGAAGAGAUAUAUCCCAGAUGAGGCUGACUUUCUGCUGGGGAUGGCCACUGUGAACAACUGUGUUUCCUACCGAAGCACCAUGGAGGGGACCUGGUAUAUCCAGUCACUUUGCCAGAGCCUGAGAGAAAGAUGUCCUAGGGGUGAAGAUAUUCUCACCAUCCUCACCAAGGUGAACUUUGAAGUAAGCAAUAAGGAUGACAAGAAAAAUAUGGGCAAACAGAUGCCACAACCUACUUUCACACUGAGAAAAAAACUCUUCUUUCCCCUUAAUUGAUGCUAUUGUUUAGUUGCAUAACUAAACAAUAGUGAAAAUGCUGCUAUUUUAUUCUUUCUUUUUUUUUUUCUUGAUAGAUGGAAGUGGACGGAAUGGGAGGGCAAUAUAAUUUUCAUGCAAAUUCAAGCUAAAUCUCUGGCUUUGCAAUAGCUAGACAGUCAUAGCUGUAGGCAUGAUUAAUUGUGUUUUUAAUUUGAUGAAAAGGUUUAAAAAUGAACUUAUAGUAGAUACAAAAAGUAUAGUAAGUUUAAAAGAAAUGUCAAAGAUCACUGAGGGGGAUAUUUGUGAUCUGACCUGGCUAAAAAAAACCCUCAUGUGUUGAGGUUGAGGAUAUAAUGCUCCCACAUCCAGCCUGAUUGAUGGUGGCAAGUGUGACAAGCUAUCCCAGAAACAUGUGAGCUUCCUCUCCUGUGCCAUGGGAGUGGUGAAAGACACCACUGUUUAGACUUAGAUUUCAAAAACCUAAGCAUGAUUGUCCUUGUUUUUAUUACUCAUAAGUACAGUAUUCAGCUCACUUUUAAGAGGAAUGAUAUUAAUUGGAUAUUGGGCUUCCCUGGUGGCACAGUGGUUGAGAAUCUGCCUGCCAAUGCAGGGGACACGGGUUUUAGCCCUGGCCUGGGAAGAUCCCAAAUGCCGCGGAGCAACUAGGCCCGUGAGCUACAACUACUGAGCCUGUGCGUCUGGAGCUUGUGCUCUGCAACAAGAGAGGCCGUGACAGUGAGAGGCCCGUGCACCGCGAUGAAGAGUGGCCCCCGCUCGCCGCAACUAGAGAAAGCCCUCGCACAGAAACGAAGACCCAACACAGCCAAAAAGAAAGAAAGAAAGAAAGAAAGAAGGAAGCUUUCAUUUAAAAAAAAAAAAAUUAAUAAACAGAAAACUCAGUUAAGUAGAAUAAAGAGACCAAAAGGGGGAGCUCUCAUGCCCUGAGAUGGUAGCAGAGCCCAACAGGAAGAAAGACUCUUAUUCUUUCCUGGUAAGAACUCAACCAGUGAAAGGCCAUGGACUCUGUUUACCAUAGCCCUCCCCACUUACUUUUACCCUCUAUAAAAACAUUCUUCUUCCCUCGCUGUGUGGGGCCUUGCAUAUGGCUUGCCAUGGUUGCAGACCCCAAAUUGCAAUUUUUUGCUGAUACUCAAUAAACCCAUCUUUCCUGGAGAGAUAA